AUGCAACUAGCGUUUCUGGACUUUGAAACCGCGUUCGACUCCCUUCACCAAGGCCGUCUUCUCAACGCGCUUUGCGCCGAUGGAGUACCAGGAAAGUUCGUUCGCUUCCUUGAUGACAUGAAUCAACGAACAACUGCUGUAGUUCGAACACAAGCCGGAUGUACAACACCGUCUGAAGUGGUAACUGAAGUAAGACAAGGAGCGCUGGCAGGACCAUUCUUGUUCAAUUUCGCCAUCGACGACAUUAUGCGAAGAAUAGUCGACUAG